UCCUAAUACCCGCCCGCUUCCACUAGGCAUGACUUCUUCGUUAAGCGAUCGAAAGGAAGCAGGGCGAAGACCAGCACGACUCGGGAGAGCCAUGGAGUCUUCUUCCCAACUUUUACUUCCCGAUCGCCCCGAAGGCGACGACGAUCACCACGCCGAUACCGAUGAUGGCGACAACGACGCCGCAGACAAACGCGCCGCCGAGGCGGCAGAGUCCUACGACGACGUCCAAUACCUCGUCCGCCGCAACCGAGCGGCCGCCCGCAAGCGCCUCCUCGCCCGGAUCAAACUCAUCCACAACGAGAUCCACAAGCCCCUCGCCGACGCCGUCCGCGACCACGCCCUCUUCCUUCUUCCCGCCAGUUCCAUCCUCCGCCUCCGCGCCGUCUCCCGCUCCUGGGCCCGUCACGUCUCCUCCCCCAUCUUCGCCCAUACCCAGUCUCGCUCCCACCGCUCCAUCGCCGGCGUCUUCUUCGGAUCGUCCGUCGACGCCUCCGUCGCCUAUGUGCCUUUCCCCCCGGCCGCCGCCCACGUCCUCCCCGACCCCACCCUCUCCUUCUUCCCCGUCUCUCCCAUCGCAGUCUGCUCCUCCUCCAACGGACUCCUCCUCUGCUACGCCCCCUCCUCCUGCGACUUCUUCGUGUGCAACCCGGCUACCGCCGCCUGGGCCGCCGUCCCCCGCCCGCCCCACAACCCCGGUCCCGAACCCGCCGCCGUCCUCAUCUUCGUCCCCGGCGUCUACAACUUUCGCUCUGACUACACCAUCGUGAUCGGCUUCAGGAUCAUCGGGGCCAGUUCGGGAAUCUUCGGAUUCCAGACCUUCUCGUCGUCGGCCGGCGGCUGGUGGACCUCCAACGAGGUGUGCGCGGCGGAGUGCCUGCUCCCGGACUCCGGCAUCGCCGGCGGCGGCGUGGCAUACUGGCGGACGACGAUGCUCACGGUGGUCGGGUACGACCCGGCGAAGGACAGUGUCCGAAUGGUGCAUUGGCCAAUGAAUUACGCGGUAGAGGUUCGGUGGGAGAUCGGCCAGAUGGGCGACGGCGGUCGGCUGUUCUGCACCGCCGUGACCGAGGAGGUGGUGCAGGUCCACAAGCUGCUGCCAAAGUCCGACCAGUGGGCACUGGUGGCAUCCAUGGACUUGAAGAAAAGAUGGAACACAAAUUCGGAGGAGGAGGAGGAGGAGGUGGUGGAGGAGGAGGCGUGGGAGGUAGAGGCGGGUGGCCAGUUGGUGUUCAAGAAGCGGCCAUGGCCCAUGAGGUUCCAGGGCGGCGAACUGGAGGUUCUGCUUUGGGUGGAGGGAAGAGUGGUGGGCGUUAACUUGGCGACCAAGCGGGUGCGCGUGGCGGCGGCGUUUGGCUGGCCCACCUGGGACGACGUCCGCGGUGCCAAGUACGUGCCCUACAUCAGCACCCUCGCUCCGGUGCCACCCCCCGCCGCUGCUGCGUUAACCUCCUCUUAAGCUAUCUUCUUCUUGGCACCAAUAAAGAAGAGUAAUUGAUCUCUGUCCUUGCUAUCUUCUUCUUCCAUAGCUUUACUCGACCAUGAACUGCAACUUGCUCUGCUUCUGCUUGCAAUGGAGUGUGUGCACAGAACAUCCUAAGCUCUAGUAGCACUAGUACGCAAUUCUACUGAUGAAAGACUUCAACCGGCUGUUGCUUUACAACCACUGCUUCUAUGAAGCUUUUUGCCGCUUCUAAUGAUAAUUAUUAUUAUGUUUA